UUUGUUGCAGUUUUAGCUACAAACACCGAACAGGAGUUAUGUACAUUGGAGGAGUUUCAUCGUUGUUUGAAUUCUUUGCAAUCAGUGACUGCGAAUAAUGAUUUGGCCUUUGCUUCAACUAGACAAGAAUUGUUGGAUGUUUGUAGAGACCUUCAGGAGAGUGUAUUAUGUGUGGAUGAUCAUAUGAAACUUUGUUUCACCCCUGUACAAAGAAAAGUCUUUAAUCAAGUAGUGGCAGGUGCUCGACAGGUGAUUGAAGAACUUUGUGUCGAUGGGCCGAUUCAACAGUCAUAUCUAAGACACGCACUAUGUUUCAAAAAUAUAUCUUUGGAUGAAGAUAAAUGCGCUCCCAUGUACCAGAAUAUACUGAAAUUAUCAGAAAAUGUUGAAGACGAACCAGAUGUAGAAGACGGACUUAGAAAAUCGUGUUGCGCUUUUCGUGAAUUUGUCCAUUGCAAGUAUCUUCACGUCUCUCAAGACUGUGGAUCAGAAGCUGGAGAAUUUCUUCAAGAGCACUUGGAGAAGAUAUCGGCACACUUAAUGUACGAACAUUGCGCCACAUACACUUACGGAUCAGAAGCGUGCAGUAUAGCAAAUAUAAAUCUCUUAACGUCCUUUUCUUAUUUUCUUAUUGUAUUUUCUGUCUUAAAUCAUUUAAAGUGACUCCUAAUCUAACAAUCUUCUUUUGUAUUAAACUGUAUUGUACAGAGGAAAAAUCGAUUGAAAAGUGUUUACCACUUAUUCCCGAAAGAACUAAACCAAUCAAAGAUAUCUUGAACUUGAAAGACGAAUGGACUAUUUAUAGUUAAAACUGUAAACCAUUACUACAAUUUUUAUAAGGAGGAGGAAAAAAAAAUCAGAAAAUUGAAUUACGAUAACUUUCUUUUACUGCAAAAAGUUUUACUUAAUUUUUUUUCCUUUAUAGAAUAUAUUUUCUUGUGAAUUUUUGUGUAAAGC